GCAUUUCGCUACCGAACUGCGCUACGGACGCUUGUGCUCGCAGUAAAGAAAAGGCAUUUAUGGCGCAUCUCUUUCAAAUAUGAAUUUCAUUACCAAAAUUGGCAAAAUUAUAAUAGGAGCAUGAUGUGUAAUCUUCCUUACUUUUUGUGGUCUAAUAGUAACAUCGCGGUGUGAAAUAAGAACAGAAGUCUCCUAGCACCCAGGUAGAUGACUCCUGCAAUACUGCGGCCCUGCCUCAAGAGGCGGCUGCUGGUACUGCUGUUUUGCCUAACUGCCACAGCAUGUUUCAUUCUGGGAGUAUGCAUCAGUGUGGUCAUCCUUGAGCCUGAGCGUUCAGGUCUCAGGUGUUCAGAGUCCAAGCAAUCGGAACCAGAUGGACCAGAGUACAAGCUGGUGGUGCUCGUGCUGACCGCCCCCGACAAUGUGGAGCGGCGCGACACGCUGCGCGCCACCUGGCUGCGGCCGCGCGGCGGCUCACCGCCCCCGGCGCGCCACUGGUUCGUCCUGGGCGGCGCCGCGCUGCCAGCCGAGCAGCACUCGCGCCUGCUGGCCGAACAGAGCCGUCACGGAGACCUGCUGAUACUACCGCACGUCACCGACGCCUACACCCAGCUCACCGAGAAGGUGCUGGCCGCGUUCGUCUGGCUCGCCGCGCACUCACGCCACCAGUAUGUGAUGAAGUGUGAUGAUGACACCUUUGCCCGGCUCGGCCCGUUGUUGACUGAACUGGAGUCGGCGCCCAGGAGUCGAUUUUAUAUGGGUUUCUUCGAUGGCCGCGCGAGACCCCGUCGGACGGGAAAGUGGGCAGAGCCCUCGUGGGACAUCUGCGACCUGUACCUGCCGUACGCGCUGGGUGGGGGUUACAUCCUCUCCAGUGACCUGGUAUCAUACCUCGCCACGGCCGCGCCCCACCUGCGCCGCUUUAACAGUGAGGACGUAUCAGUGGGUGCGUGGCUGGCACCUCUGGCCAUCGAUAGGCGCCACGAUCCGCGCUUCGACACUGAGUGGGAGUCGCGGGGCUGCGACAACCGUCAUCUGGUGACGCACAAGCACAGUGUGGCCCAGAUGACCGAGAUGCAUCGUACUCUGGAGCGACGCGGCGUGCUCUGCGACAAAGAGAAGAGGAUCCGGGGAUCGUACGUGUAUAACGCGUCCGUGCCGCCGUCACAGUGCUGCAAACGGGUCACGGAUACGUCACUGCCGUGAGUGAAUGGGUUUAGUGGGAGGUCGGGGAUGGGUCUUCAUUUCAUCGUGUGUGCGGCUCAAGGAAGUGUAUUUCUCUUGUCUGAAAGUGACAGUGAUAGGUAUGUAUCACCUAAUGGAGCUCACUUUUUAGUGAUGAAUUGGUAACGAUCGUGAAAGUGACGUAGUUGUUUUUAUACUUAGGCUUUAUUCGUGCCACCGUAUGUCUGAUAAGGUGACUCCUGCCAGACUUGUACGAAAUGUUUUUAAAAGUUGACGCUUUACCGAAAUAGCCACGAGCUGAGGAAGGCGUUCGUAAUCAGCAUUUUAAGCCAGAUCUUACCCGUCGUUAGCUACGAGUUCCUCCGAUCACGACACAUUGGAGGUAAGACUAUCUAAGACGUUUUUAGUGGUGAGGUGUGGUGAGUGACGGACACUUUGGUUUGUGUUGUCUGACGGUAGAUGGCAGCAAUCGACCGUGAGGGCCGAGGCUCUGUGUAGCGACUGGUAGGCUGCCGAGUUAUCAAUGACUUUCUAGAUUGAUGUGAGUAGCAUGUAUUGCUGACAUUAUUUUGAUAGUUCCUGUAGUGACAUUGACUUUGUGACAUAUUACUUAUUUAUUAUGAGAGCUGUAGGUAAUGGUGCCCUGUAUGUAUGCAGUAUAAUCGCUAGCAUUACGAUAGAUGUAAGAUUGAGGUUAUAGUACGGUUGUGACAGUAGAAGUGCUCGUUGCCACCGGCAUCCAGCUUAGAAUGGAUCAAUGACUGCAUUUCGGGAUUGGUAUAGGUACUGCAUUUUUCAUGAACAUCGUCAUCGCACCCAUCUCGUAACUUAUAUUGUGAUCGCGUGAAGGUGCCAAAAACACCGCGAUUUGAUAGCGCUAGGACUGUACCUACACUUUUGUAGUUAGCGUUGCUUAUAGGAUUGCCCUUUAACCCACCAGUGCUACCUUCAAUGUUGUGUCAGACCGUUACUAAUGUAUUGGUUGUGCAGAAUGUAAGCGUUGUUUUAACAUUUGAAUGUCUCUCUCAGUUUCCGGUUCGCGGUCGUUUCUAGUCGUCCAUUCUGCUCCAAUUUGUGAUUCGUGUUUCCAGAACAGUUUUUCGAAGGUCUGGCUGCUUCUUAGAUAUUUUAUUUCAUUGGAUCUUUAACGUAAGCUUGUAAAUGAAGGGUAUUAUUUGUGAUAGCCGAAAUUAUGUGAAUAAAUCACAUUGAUUUUUA